AUGUUUGGUAGCUGCUACGAAGGCCUCAACCGAGACAAGAAGAAACUCACCCAGGACCCCAAGCCCCUGAUCAGCUUUGCAGGAGAAAUCACACAGCCUUUGGGAUCCGACAAUUUGCGGAUCACCCUCGGUGGAGGCAGCACUAUCGCCACUAUGACAACACAUUUUAUCGUGGUCGACUGCCCCUCCUCUUACAACGUCAUCCUAGGGCGAGAUGCCAUUUGGGGACUCCAAUGCUUUAUGGUUGGACACAUGCUAAUGAUGAAGAUACCCACCCCAAGCGGCAUCCUCACCGUUCGAGGAGAUCAGGAGAUAGCAAGACAGUGCAAAUCUUUGGCUAUCGCGAGGGGCCAUGGCAGGCGAGAGGUACUCCUAACCAUAGACCUACCCUCCCCAUUUGACAAGCCUGACGACCCAAGGGAAGAUCCAGAGGCCUCAGAUGCUUCCGACACACGCAGCAAAAAGAAGGAAGAUAGGCGCAAACUUAAGCACCCGAGGCCAGAUGCUCUGGAAGAUCUAAUAUCGAUCUCCAUAUCCGAUACACACCCAGAGAGAAAAGUCAAGAUCGGGUCCAAAACAAAUCCACAAUUCCAAGCAGAGUUAAUCGCCUUCCUCAAGACCCGACAGGAGGUGUUUGCAUGGUCGUACGCCGAUAUGCCAUGGAUAUCACCGGAACUGCUGACCCAGAAACUCACCAUUUCACCAGAUGUUCCCCCAAUCAGACAGAAAAGAAGGGCCUUCACGAAAGAAAAGUACAAAGCCAUCCAAGCUGAAGUCAAGAAACUCCAAGAUAUCGGGUUUGUCAGGGAAGUAUCCUACCCAACAUGGCUCUCUAAUGUUGUGAUGGUAAAGAAGCCCAACGGCAAAUGGUGCAUGUGUGUCGAUUACACCAACCUGAACAAGGCUUGCCCAAAGGAUAGUUUUCCCCUGCCACGAAUUGACCAGCUAGUUGACUCCACCGCAGGCCACAAGCUCCUUAGCUUCAUAGACGCCUUCUCGGGUUACAAUCAAAUCGCCAUGGAACCUUCCGAUCAAGAGCACACUUCUUUCACCACCGACAAGGGUUUAUAUUGUUACAAAGUAAUGUUAUUUGGUCUAAAGAACGCCGGGGCCACAUACCAGAGGCUAGUCAACGCCAUGUUCGCAGACCAUAUCUGUGACGAUCUCACUUAA